AUGGAUAGCGCCGACGACCACGAUGAUGACAAUGACCAUGACGAUGACGAUCACGAUGACAAUAAUGAUUACGAUGAAGAUGACGACGACGAUGACGUCCACCAUGUCGAUGACGAUGACGAUGACGAUGACAAUGAUGAUGACGACGAUGAUGACGAUGGUGAUGACGACAACGAUGACGUUCGCCAUAACGAUGACGGUGACGAUGACGAUGACGAUGACGAUGGUGAUGACGAAGGUGAUUACAAUGACGAUGACGAUGAUGACGACAAUGAAGAUGAUGAUGAUGACGAUGUCGAUGUUGAUGAUGAUGAUGAUGAUUACAAUGAUGUUAACGAUGAAGAUGGCGAUGACGAAGAUGAUGGUGACGAUGGUGACGAUGAUGAUGAUGGUGAUGAUGAUGAUGAUGAUGAUGACGAUGACGAUGCCAAUGAUGAUGGCGAUGAUGAUGACGACGACGAUGACGUUGACCAUGUCGAUGACGAUGACGUUGACCAUGUCGAUGACGAUGACCAUGUCGAUGACGAUUACGAUGACAAUGAUGAUGACGACGAUGAUUAUGACAACGAUGUUGACGAUUAUGAUGAUGAUGAUGACGAUGAUGAUGACGAUGACGUUUAUGAUGGUGAUGACGAUGACGAUAAUGACGCUGACCAUGACGAUGACGAUGACGACGAUGGCAAUGGUGAUGAAAAUGGUGAUGAUGGUGAUGAAAACUAUGAUUAUGACAACGAUGUUGAUGAUGAUGAAGAUGACGAUGACAAUGAGUAUGACAGUGACGAUGAUGAUGAGGACGACGAUGACGAUUAUAAUGACGUUGACCAUGACGAUAAAGGUAACUAUGAUGAUAACGAUGACGAUGAUGACAAUGAUUACGACAGUGACAAUGAUGAUGACGAUGAUGACCAUAAUGAUGAUUACGUUUAUGAUGAUUAUGACGAUGAUGAUGAUAAUGACGAUGACAAUGACGUUGACGAUGAUGACGAUGGCAAUGAUGAUGAAAAUGAUAAUGAUGGUGGUGAGAACGAUGAUUAUAACAACGAUGUUGACGCUUAUGAUGAUGAUGACGAUGAUGAUGAUGAUGAUUAUGAUGAUGAUGACGACGACGACGAUUAUGAUGACAACGAUGUUGACGAUUAUAAUGACGUUGACCAUGACGAUGAUUGUAACUAUGACGUUGACCAUGACGACGACGUUGACGAUGAUGAUGAUGAUGAUGAUGACGAUGAUGAUGAUGACGAUGACGGUGACGAUGACGACCACAAUGACGAUUACGAUGAAGAUGACAAUUAUGAUGAUGACGAUGAUGAUGGUGAUGACGACGACGAUGACAUUGACGAUGACAAUGACAAUGACAGUGACGAUGAAGAUGACAAUGAUGAUUAUGAUGAUGAUUAUGAUGACGAUUAUGAUGAUAAUGACGAUGAUGACGAUGACGAUUACGAUGUCGAUGACUAUUACGAUGGCGAUGACAAUGAUGAUGACGAUGAUGAUGAAUAG